AUGGAUAGAGAUAAACUCCUUCUAAUGCUUUUAACUGAAAUAAAAGAAAUGAGAAGUGAACUAAACGAACUAAGGGAUUAUGUUCAUUCUAAUUUACCAACUGGAAAUGUUCCUCGUUAUAAUUAUUCUCAAUCAUUAAAUCUUUCAUCUAAUCUAAAUCUCCAAACUAUUGGAGAAAAUACUCUUGGACUCCUUCCUGACGUUACUGUUACACCACCAAUGUCUCCAAGAAAAACACUAAUUACAAAGAAAGUAGAACCAGUAAAAGUUCAUCAAUUAUUCGAAAAUAAUAUAGACUUUUUGCAAAGUGUUGAUGGUCCAGCUGAAAUACCAACUCAACCAAGACCUGAAAACAUAACAAAUCAACAACACGAAAGUGUUAUUGAAAGAGUAUCUCAAAAAAUCAACAAAACUAUUAAAAGUUGUGUUUAUGACUCUUCAUUUGACGAGAUUAAACCAAGUAAAUUCUAUGAAAAAACAAAAUUAUUAAAUAAUGUUAUUAUAUGUGUUGAAACAACAAAUGGUACAUUUGGUAGUUUUCAUUCAGUAAUGCCAAAAGAAAUUAUGCAAGAUAUGAUUAAUGGAGAUGAGCAAUUGAUUAUCUUUGAGGAAUGUUUAAGUGACAUUCAAAUUUAUCGACCUAAAUUACCUAAAGAAGCAGUAUGUUCAUUUUUUGGUGAUAGUUCAAAAAAUCUUUUUGGAAUUUUCUAUGGUUAUUGGCUGAAAGUAAACAAGACAUAUAUUAUUGACUCAAUGAUUUAUGAAAAUUACACUAAUACUAUUAAUGCUUUCAAAACUAACUCAGGAGAAUUCAAGAGAGUUUCUGUUUGGGUUUGUGAAUGA